AUGGCUGUGGAUGGGAAUCCUGCUACUUGUGCAAUGACUGAUCCGAUUGGUUCUAGUAGUCAACAUGAUAGGGCUUGGUGGUACGUGGAUCUUGGUGACAUUUACAGUGUAUACAACAUAAGGAUACAGUUUAAGGACAUGGGGGAAGAAUAUGUCCUGAGGCAAAGGGGAAGAUUUGCUGGAUUUUCUCUCUAUCUCUCAAAUUCAACUACAAAAGAAGACGGAUAUAUGUGCUACAAAGACGGACCAGAGUUACCUCUAUUAAAUUUCACGACAAACUGUAUCGGAUAUGGUCGAUUUGUCAUCUACUACAAUGAAAGACUGAGUGGAGUAACGUAUCCAGAGGGAUAUGAAUCUACUUCCUACACUCAUUUGUGUGAAGUGUUAGUGGAAGGAUGCUCUAGAGGAAAGUAUGGGAUAAAUUGUGAUAUGAAUUGCCCCACUAAUUGUUUUGGAAGAGAAUGUGAUAUUGUCCAUGGAACAUGUAUAAAAUGCAAGGCGGGCUGGGAGGGAGAAAAAUGUCAAACAUCUUGCCCUAAUGGAUCAUACGGUCAGGAAUGUAAGUCCCAAUGCUUAGGACAUUGCAAAGAUCGAACUCCAUGUAACCACGUGACGGGUGGAUGUGUCAGAGGCUGUGUUGUGGGAUGGACUGGGACAUUGUGCAAUAAACGUAAGACUUCAGUUUAUAAAUAA